GUUCUGGUAAGCACAUGAUCUUUUUAAAAUGACUUUAAUGCUUAUUUCUUAUUUUUACAUAUAUUUUUUUUUUACAUAUUUACACAUACCAUUUUAUGACAUGGUGUGAUUUUGUGUUUUCAUCAUUUGGCUGCUACAAAGUUACCUGUUCACAAAGAUGAAAACAAAGGCCUCCUCUCUGUCUCUGCCCUGCCCAGGAUACACAGAUGCCAGACUGGCAAAUGGCACUGAUUCCUGCUCGGGCCGAGUGGAGCUCAAGUACCUCAGCGAAUGGGGCACAGUGUGUGAUGCAUCCUGGGACAUGAAUGCCUCCAGCGUGCUCUGCCAUCAGUUGAACUGUGGGAGAGCUGUGGCUGUUGUAGGGGCAGAGUGGUUUGGUGAGGGGAGUGGAAGCAUCUGGCCUGAUGUGUUUGUGUGUGAGGGGAAUGAAACUGGCCUCUCAGAAUGUGGAAUCUCCUGGUGGAGUCGAGCUGCAUGCUCCCAUAGACAGGAUGCUGGAGUGAUCUGCUCAGGUUCAUUCUUCCCUCUGGACAAUGGGACUGUGCGCUUGUCUGGAAGGAGCCGUUGUGAGGGAGAGGUGGAGGUUCUAUUUAGCCAGAGGUGGAGGAGAGUUCUGCUGGACUCCUGGAAUCGAUCUGAAGCCUCCGUGGUGUGCAGACAGCUGGCAUGCGGUUCUGCUGUUGGGUUCUCUGGUUCUGCUGAGACGGAGGGUGAUGGGUGUGUCUCAGGGUUCCGAUGUUCUGGACAUGAGACUCACCUGGGAAACUGCAGCACUCCUCAGAUGCUAAACUGCAGUUCUAGCCUGCACGUGACCAUUGUCUGCUCAGGCCAUCAGCCAGUCAGGUUGGUGGGAUCUGGAGGAGAUUGCGCCGGCCGGCUGGAGGUGUCACACAACGGCUCGUGGGGGACUGUGUGCGAUGACUCCUGGGACAGGGAGGAUGCCCAGGUAGUGUGCAGACAGCUGCAGUGUGGCACCGCCCUCAGGGCUGAGGUACCUGCAUCCUUUCAUCCAGGAGACGUGCCCAUCUGGCUGAGCGAGGUGGGCUGCGCAGGUGACGAGACGAGCCUGUGGGAGUGUCCCUCAGCAGGGUGGGGACGCCAUGACUGCUCACACAAAGAGGAUGUGUGGGUCAUGUGCUCAGAGUUCAUUCAGCUGAGACAAAACACAAAUGAUUAUGGACCGUGCAAAGGUGUUAUAGAGGCAGCUGGACUGUGGGGAGCCUGUGGAUGUAGGGGGGAGCAGGGCACAUUUGGGAGGGGAAACGGCACCAUCUGGCUGGACGAGGUGAACUGCACAGGCAAUGAGCACCACCUGUUGGACUGCUGCCGCGCCCCUCUGAAGCAGAUUGACUGCACCCAUAAGGAGGACGCCUGGGUCAACUGCACAGGGCCUCCAUCUUCCACCCCCCGUCCUCCUGUCACCUCUGUAAGAACCACAGGUCGUCCAUGUGAGCCUGCAGGGUUUCCUGUCUCUCCAGCGGCCAUAGCUUCUCUGGGGCUCCUGUUCCUGCUGCUGCUGGGGUCACUGGUUGUGCUGGUGGGGCAGAACAGGUCACUCAGGAGAGCUCUCUCCAAGAAUAGACACAUGGCACUAAGUGAAGCUGUCUAUGAGGAGCUACAACCCAGACUGACCACAGCCGGCACCUCCAGAGGUCGUCAGAGAGGGCGCGUCCAGUCUGACGCUCAGAACUCUUGGUAUGAAGACGUGGAGGAGGAUGAGAGGAGACCCAUCUCCGUUGCUUCUCUGAGAGAGCCGACGGUUGAGUACUAUGAUGAUGUGACUGCUGAUGAUAAUGAGACCAACCUCGAUGAUAUCUUGACAGGAGAGAAGGAGACAGACAAGCAGCCAGAGACGUACGAUGAUGUGGAUGGUGUCACCAUUGUGGAGAAGUCAUGUGACGUGACUGACUACGUCCUAGAGAACACAGGAUAUGAUGAUGUGGGAGACAGUGUUGAGGGGCUCCUCUCAGAGUCUGUGAGAGAGGAGGGGCUGGAGUAUUAUGAUGACAUCAUCACUGAUGCGAUCGACCCUAAAAUGACCAAGGCAAUGGAGGAGACAAAGCCUGCCAAUGAAGAAGAAGUGGAGUAUUAUGAUGACAUCACAAAUGAGGAGAAUGACCUUAAAAUGACAACAGGUAUGGGACUGUCAUUUUUUUAUAUUGAUAUCUCCUGA